GGUGUCCUUGAAGACUUGCGACGCGUCGUCCCGCGGACUGCUAUAUUCUCCCAUUAAGGGGGACAUAGUCACACUUUCUUCUCCAAAUUAGGAUUGACAGGGCACCUACGUCUCAAUCCCGUCGCUGGCCUUCAUCCUCCCCACACCACCACCAACAUGGCAACCUUGGCGAGAGGAGCGGUGGCGCCGCCGGCCUGGGGCUGCCUCACCAGGGCUGCCUUCACAAGGGUUCCGCUGUCAGUCCCUGCCACCACAGUCGUCAGUGGGACAUGGCGACGCAGGUGCCUCGUUGCCUGUGGCUAACCACCCUCACCUCCACCAGGGACCUAGUACUAGGGUGUGGAGUAACUAGGCGCCUCCACGCUGGUUCCUCCACCAGACACAGAGUCCUCACCAGGAAGGUAUCCCGUUUAGAAACCCUCAGGUCCAUCGAACCACUUCCAUUUUCUGCAUUCUUGACAGACCCAUUUGGCCGAGAACAUUCCUACCUUAGAAUUUCUCUUACUGAAAAAUGCAACCUAAGAUGUCGGUACUGUAUGCCAGAGGAAGGGGUGAGCUUAACACAGAAAGAGAGUCUACUGACCUCGGAAGAAAUUAUUCGAGUGGCAAAGUUAUUUGUAUCGGAAGGGGUGGACAAGGUCAGGUUGACUGGAGGUGAACCCAUGGUCAGGAAAGACUUGGCAUACAUCAUUGAGUCAAUAUCUCGUCUUGGUGUCAAACAGUUGGGCAUGACCACCAAUGGCUUGUUAUUGAAAAGACGUUUGGGUGAGCUUCAGAGUGCAGGACUCACUCACUUGAAUAUCUCCUUAGACACCCUCAUCCCACAAAAGUUUGAGCUCAUCACACGACGACGUGGAUGGGAAAGGGUGAUGGAUGGGAUUGAUGUGGCUCUCGACUUGGGAUACUCCCCUGUAAAGGUUAACUGUGUUGUUAUGCGAGGAAAAAAUGAGGACGAGUUGGCGGAUUUCGUUGAGUUCACCCGACAUAAAGAUAUUGACGUGCGCUUUAUAGAAUAUAUGCCUUUUGAUGGAAACAAGUGGGUGAACAAGAUGAUGGUGAGCUACACAGAAAUGCUGGAGAAUAUUUCCCAGGUAUAUCCUGGCAUUGUGAAGGUGUCUGACAAGCCAAAUGAUACAUCCAAGGCAUACAAAGUCCCAGGCUUUGUGGGACAAAUUGGUUUUAUUACAUCCAUGUCGGAAAACUUCUGUGGUACCUGCAACAGACUAAGAAUGACAGCCGACGGCAAUCUAAAAGUAUGCCUGUUUGGUGCAGCUGAAGUUUCAUUGAGGGAUGCCAUGCGUAGUGGCUGUAAAGAUGAAGACCUGCUAGAAGUCAUUGGGGCAGCAGUUGGCAGGAAGAAGAGGCAGCAUGCAGGAAUGGAAAAUCUGGCGAAGCUGAAGAAUCGGCCGAUGAUUCUAAUUGGUCAGGGAUCGAAGUCGGAUGCUGUACAGACUUCCACGAUCAUCUCAAAUAUAGCUGUAUCAAGAGUUGUUGGAGCACAGCUGAUUCACAAGAGAGUAAAGUGUCUGAAAGAUCAAUAUAUUUUGAAACCAACAUAUGGUGGGUAUAUUUUCAACAGUGAGAAAAGUUGGAAAUGCAAUGAAACUUUUGAGUGGACACAUCAAACUAGACUUUACACAACCAGCUUAGAAGAUAAAAGUAAUUUGUAUAAUAAUUCAUGUCUUGAGGAUGGAGAUACUGUGGAUCACAACAAACAAUUUUGGAAACAAUUUGGUGAACAUGCUCAAGAAGAAAAUUGUCAAGAUUUAAUUGAAGUGAAUCAAGAAGUGUUGCAAGAAGGCAGUUCAAAGGGCUUGAAUGGAGAAGAAAUUGGUAGAAAAGGAUUUUCAGAUAAUGGGUCUAAUAUUGAUAAUAUUGAGAAUAAUAUAGAGAAUUCAUUCCAUAACCUUAGUCAUGUAAAUUUAGCCGGUGAAGCUCAGAUGGUGGAUGUAAGUGGGAAAAGCAGGAGCAUUCGCCAAGCUGUGGCUAGAGCAGAGGUGUUUCUUGGUCCCAAGGCCUUUUCUUUAGUGAAGGAAAAUAAAAUGAAGAAGGGAGAUGUGCUUGGGGUGGCACGAGUGGCUGGCAUAAUGGCAGCCAAGAAAACUUGGGAAUUGAUACCUUUGUGCCACCCACUUUUACUCGAUCACAUAGAUAUAUCACUAAAAUUGAAAGAGAACUUAGAAAAUGGUAAAGAGUGCCACCUGGUGAUAAUAAAGGCUAAAGUUGUAACUUGUGGAUGCACUGGAGUGGAAAUGGAAGCUCUGACUGCAGCAACAGUGGCCGCACUUACGGUGUAUGACAUGUGUAAGGCCGUCACCCACGACAUUGCCAUAUUAAAUGUUUGUCUCGUCUCAAAAACGGGGGGCAAAAGGGAUUUUUAUAGAAUGCCAUCAUGAUUGGGAUGUUUGUUUCGGUGCUGUGCUGUUUUUGUAUAGUAUAUAAUAAUGUUUGCAGAAUAUAUUUAUUUUCCAAUAAAGAGGUCUACCUAAAUAGUGUUAAA